AUGGCCCCCCCGCUAGUCCCCCCAGCUCAGGAAGCUCCAGGCAAGCCACUCUGGUCGUGAUUGAUUUGAGGUCUCUAUUAACAUAAGUGCCAAAGCUCAAUCUGAAGAUGAGCCACUGGGAUCGCCAAAACAGUUUAUCGGGCUCUCAAAACUGGAUGCUAAGGAGAAAUCAUUUCGAUAUCUCGAUUUCGCUGAAGGUGGUACAAAUGCUGCGCUCAAUAAAUGGGGCCAAUUUUUGCAGUUUAGUAGGUUAGUGGUGGGUGGAGGUGACCCUGAUAGCUGGAAUUAUAUCUCGGUGGAGCCGCGAAGUAUCUUCCGACUCGAACAUAUCGCGCCAGCGCAGUCAUCCCACGAACAAGAACCGGAGGAGGAAGAUGAGGAAGGAAUGGGGGGGGUUUCAGAAAACAACAGGAGAACCCCGCGCUGGGAGCAGGAUAAUCAGGAGUGGAAGCCCAAUGCAUUCUGCUUUAGCAACUACCCUGCGUAUCCACGAAGACACGAUAAAUUUAACGCACUUUGCAUGCAGAAUCAGGGGCUUGGUCUUCGGUUCUCAGAUAGCACCAACCUCUCUGACCUUGAGCACUACUAUAGGAACGAUAGAUGGCCGGAGGUACACUACACCGUUGAGGGGAAAGUCAAGGUUGUCCUCCAAUACUACAUCCGUAAUGACGAGAUUAUUCAAGAUAUGCGUUUGACCUCAGAAUCUGACAAGGAAACCGAACUCAAUCUGGAAUUUGAGUUUACUACUGGAAUCAGGAUAGCUCGCGGGGAUGUGAACCAACUAAAGGUCCGGGAGGAGGAUUUUCCCGUGCAUUUUCUGCAGCGAGUGCCAGAAGGGGAAGUCCUGGGGUCGCACUGGAAGAUCCGGGGCGGCAAUUAUUACGCUACGGCGAGCUUAUUCGAAGACGGUAAACCGAAGCCGCUCAGCCUCUUAGGGGAUGGCGAACAGGGAGACAUGAUCGAAUGUAGCCUUGACAUUCUUUCAGACGAUCCGAUAAGAUAUCGUGAGACUUUCAAAUUGAAAUCGAACGCAAGCGUGAAAUUUACCUCCGUGUUCAAGUUAGAUCACAAAAACGCUCCCAGUACCCUGCCCGGGUAUUUCGAUAUAUCUCCUGAGUUAAAGUUAUUCGAUGACAGGUGGUGGAGUUUCAAGACUGAAUCCUCGUCUUUCGUUUUCAGACGAAAUCUUGAGACCAUACUCUCGCAUGCUAUGCCACUGCCCUGGGUCGAAGGCGAAGACUAUCAGCCUUACGUUCUCCACGACCAUGAUCUAGUCAAUACAUAUCAGACGUGGAGUAGUUCUUUGUGAGUUGACACAAACCAACCCUCAUAUUAUCAGAUUGCGAAACCUAACAGGGUGCAGAAACCAAACUCUUUACCUCCUCGAAAUCGAUAAGAUACUGCAGCGCCAAGAUACGGCGGACGAAGUAACAAAGUUGUAUUACCGUAAGAGGAUUCAAAAGGUAAUUUUUGGAUACUUUGUUUGGCUGCUACGACUUGCCGAACGAAACGGCUUCCCCGAGACUGAUAUUUUACACUGGUCUGGGAAGCUUGCGCUACCCACGGAAACGGGUGAGACUGAGGGGGGCGUAGGAGAAGUAACGGAGGAGGCUGGAGCUUCCAGCGAUCCUCCCCCUCUGAGACCCUUUGAACCAGAGCUGUCUAAGUACGAAGACAAGUUUAGGAACUGUUGCCAAUUCCUUGUUUUGUUGGGUAUGUGCUUGAUCAACUAUCCGGGCGAAGCAGAUCUACUCACUCGAAUGGUGGAAGCUUUCCUAAAGCUGGCCUGGGAGCCGAUUGAGCUGAGUAAGCAUCCAUGGUCUCGGCUAUGGCCGGAUCUGUCAGAGACCACGGGGGAAUACCCACCCCCUUAUGCCCGAUUCCAGAACCGGCAAGAUCCUGCAAAUGGUGGCUAUGGUGGACAGGGCACCUAUGUCUAUGUUAUCACGACGCAAGUGACUGUUUGGCGGGCCGUUAGGUCGGUGAAAAGGCUGCUCAACCUUGUUUCCAACGGCCCAAGCUGGAGUGAAUGGAUGGCUCACCAAAGCUUAGACGACAAGGCAAUUAGAGAUCGCACGAUAGAGGCUUUCCGCAGCCAUGGCAUUGACGCGAGUCAAAACCCUUCUCCUGAACAUUUUGUUUCAAAAAUCAAAGGACAUAUUAGAGAAUCCUUUCCGAACCAAUGGAGUUACGAUAUCGUUAUUCCAUCGCUAGUGGAAGAUUUCUUCUUGGAUGGCAAGAAUGAGACGAUUUGUGCUUGGGUGGAGACCCUCAGAUACUACGGUAAAUCCAGUAACUCUCCCAAGGCACGGACACCAGACAUCUGGGAGUCCUUUAUGCGCUACCAACUUGCGAUUGGCAGCGAUCGCCGCCAGGCGCUGCGGGUAGCUUUCGAGGAAAGAGCUUAUUCAAUCGGGCUUUUCCCUGGCGGGGCGGUUACCCUGGACUCCCAUUGCCCUUACUCCACACCCUGGGAAUUAGUUACAUAUUUUCUCAGUGAGGAUCACACUGGUUUACUAUAUCCUCAGUUCAAAAUUCCAAUGUAAGUAAGACCACCAGUCCACCUACUAAACUAGGACGUUUUAACCACAAACUAGCGCCUCCGACCCAAAGAUUAUGGAUCCUCUUACCAGCGCCGACUCAGAACAGGGAUCCAAGCCCCCGCAGGAAGGCCUAAUGAGCGCUGGUACAAACCCCGGCGCAAUCAGUGGGGGUGUUCGUCUGGAAGGAAGAAAGUCAGGGAACAAAGGAAAGAGCUUAGACCUCACUGCUGAGGACCGUCGUCAAGUGAACGACCCACCUUGUAAGUGGCAUUUUUAAAAUUUCCAGGGAUGUUAUGUUAGGUCUAAUUGAAAUAGCGUAUGGUGAGUGGUGCUGGUUCAGAGAGCCUCUCUUUAUGAAGCACAAGUUGAAACCAUUCGAAAUGAAUAAGAAAUUCAUAGAAGACUUUUUGCAUUUGGAAAACAAUUGGAGUUAUUUUUGGGAAACUGGUCAGGGAAUGUCCAACUUUAUUGAAAAUAUGGCGGAUAUGACGGAUUAUGACUGGGGCGCUCAUAAAAACACCUUGAUUCAGCCAUUUAGAAGUAAAGAACCCCGUUUUUUUUCGGGUGGUGAUGUGUUACCGAGGUUGUGGGAGCAGGUAUGA